AUGGACUCUUCCACCAUUUCCCUCUUCCUAACACUUUCCUUCAUCGCUGCCGCAGCCGGACAAAACUCGCCACAGGAAUUCCUGGGCGGCCACAACCGCGCACGAGCGAAGGUAGGCAUCCCUCCCCUCGAGUGGAAUGCCAGCGUCGCUGACUACGCCCUCCGCUACGCCCAGAAGAGCUCCAGCGACUGCAACCUGGAGCUGUCAAUGGGGCCAUACGGCGAGAACCUGUUUAUGGGGCAGGGGCAGGUUUCGGCGGUGGACGCCGUGAGCGUGUGGGCCAGCGAGAGCCCGAACUAUGACCACGCAUCCAACUCCUGCAAAGGUGGAUCGUGCCUGCACUACACGCAGAUUGUGUGGCGCGCCUCCACCCAGCUAGGCUGCGCGCUGCAGCAGUGCCGUAACGGUUGGUUCUUCGUCAUCUGCAGCUAUCAUCCGCCGGGAAAUUACGCCGGAGAACGCCCCUACUAGGUCGGAAUGGACCACCUAAUACAUUGUAUACUACAU